CACGCCCGACUUGUCCCCUGAAUACGACAGGCAGCACACACCACCGCCGUCAUGUCGCAAGUACACGCCCUCUCCGACGACCAGGUAGGCAGCGUCCCCGCGGUUCGAGGCAGCCCGCAAGCUCGCUCCCCGCCAAACUACGUCAACAGCACCAGCUAAUAUGCGUCCCCGUGGCAGGUCGCCGGCGAGCUGAAGAAGAUGACGGCCUUUAUCCGCCAGGAAGCCAUGGAGAAGGCCAACGAAAUCCGCCUCAAGGCCGACGAGGAGUUCGCAAUCGAAAAGUCCAAGCUCGUGCGCCAAGAGCAGUCAUCAAUCGACUCGUCCUACGAGAAGAAGUUCAAGCAGGCCAGCAUGUCCCAGCAGAUCACACGCUCUACCCUCUCCAACAAGAGCCGGUUACGCAUCCUGUCCGCCCGCCAGGAGCUACUCGACAGGCUGUUUGAGGACUCGAGCAAGAAGCUCGGCGAUGUAUCAAAGGACAAGAAGAAAUACCAGACUGUGCUGAAGAACUUCAUUCUAGAGGGCGCAUAUGCACUUAACGAGGCCAAGCUCCAGGUCAAGGUGCGGAAGGCGGAUAAUGACGUGACCAAGAAGGCCAUCGAGGAGGCACAGUCAGAGUAUAAGAGCAAGGUCAACAAGGACGUCUCUAUCUCGAUUGACGAGAGUGAUCCGCUCCCCGAGGGAUCAGCUGGCGGUGCGAUGAUUGUAGGCACGGGCGGCAGGAUCGACAUCAACAACACCUUCGAAGAACGACUGAGGCUGCUCGAGAGCCAGGCUCUACCAUCCAUCAGAGUUACAUUGUUCGGAGAGAAUGAGAACAGGAAGUUCCGCGACUGAAGGAUUGAAGUAGGAAACAAGAUAUACAACCUGCAAAUAAUUGUGUGGACGGCAUUGUCAGCACCUGGAUCUUCUUCAGCAGCACCCCGUCGAGGCUUCAUGCACUUGCAGAGAAGGUCCUACCUAGAGGGAGACCUUGUAGAUUACUUGGAAGAUUUAGCGAGCUUUUCUCUAUAAAUCAUCAUACACUUAUCGCCAGCAGCGAGCCCAUCCUAGCAACCUAAUACAGAGUACUUGUGGUUUAAGGAGUAUUUAGCCCUAGGCUGCACUCGAUGAGCACAUGCAUUGAAGAGUACCUGCUCUGCGGGGAUUCGGAAAGUGUCGAGGAAGUUGCACCCAAGC